AGGAUGCUAGAAAGAUCAGUGUUUGUGAGAUGACGAGAAGCAGGAAAUGCCUUUUACGGGUAGAAUUAAGAUAAAGAUAUUAUCUGCAACUUCCUUAUUAUUUCCUACACUCCCUGGUGGUAAAUCGCUGACAACACUAGAGCCGUAUUUGAGGGUAAGUGUCGAUGGGGAAGUACUUGGUAAGACAGCUGCAAAGCCUAAAACUACGAACCCCGUAUGGAACGAAAUAUUCACCUUAUACAUCUUAGCCGGAACAAAGUUAGGCAUGACGAUCUUCCAUAAGACUCCCUCCCUUGCUCAGGCCCUCGUUCCUCCGGACCCUUUUAUUGCACACAUUGACAUAGACUUGGACGAGCUGAGUGGAAUGCCCCCUAACGAAAUAUGGUUGCCGUUGGAACCUGGCGGAAAACUCCACAUGUUCCUGGACCUUGUCCUCGGAGAGGAGAAAAACUAUCCAGCUAAAUCCUUCAAGAUUCGACAGUCUGGAGGGUUCAACCAACACCAGAGACGAGGGGCCGUCAGGAGACGGAUACAUCAGGUUAACGGGCACAAGUUCAUGGCUCGCUACUUUCCACAACCAACAUACUGCUCUCACUGCAGGGAGUUUAUAUGGGGUGUAGUAGGGAAGCAGGGCUACCAGUGCCAAGUGUGCACGUGUGUGGUGCACAAGCGCUGUCACUCACACAUUGUGAGCACAUGCACGGGAAUAUCCGAGGCAACUGCCCUACCUGAGCAGGUUCCUGGCCAGCGGUUCAGUAUCAACAUUCCUCACCGCUUCUCAGUUUACAACUACAAGAUCUUCACAUUCUGUGACCACUGCGGGAGCUUACUGUAUGGUCUGUUUAGACAGGGCGUUAAGUGCGAAGUAUUCGCAGCGUGUGAGAUGAACGUUCACAAGAGAUGUGAGAGGUUCGUGCCCCCGCUGUGCGGAGUAAACGCCAGGGAGCUGGGGGAGUUACUGGGUAAGCUGGGCACCAGCAGUCACAACCUCUCCAACCACAGCAAUAAGAAGAUGGUGUGUACUCCAUCUGUUCUGAAAGUCCCAAGAAACCUAGACAAAGAAUUAGAACAAUUGACGUUAAAAAGUGACACUUGCAAGAAGAAACAGCUCGAAGAUUUUACGUUUCUGAAAGUCCUUGGUAUGGGUAGUUUUGGCAGUGUGUUAUUAGCCGAAGAGAAAGCAUCAAAGAACGUGUACGCAGUAAAAAUCCUGAAAAAGGAUACAGUGAUUGCUGAUGAUGAUGUUGAGUGUGUAAUGUCAGAGAAGAGAGUCCUUGCUAUGGGAUGUCUGCAUCCUUUUAUGAGCCAACUUUAUUGCUCUUUUCAAACCGAGGACAGACUGUUCUUUGUGAUGGAGUACAUUAACGGCGGGGACCUGAUGUUUCAAAUACAGAGGUCAAGAAAGUUUGAGCUCAGUAGAUCGCGCUUCUACGCGGCUGAGAUUAUCUGUGCUCUUCUUUUCCUUCACCAUAGACGCAUCGUUUACAGGGAUCUGAAGCUGGACAACGUGUUGCUAGACGCGGAGGGGCACGUGAGGAUUACAGAUUUUGGGAUGUGUAAGGAAGGUAUUGAUGACGAGCAUCUGGCGUCUACCUUCUGUGGUACCCCCGACUACAUUGCCCCUGAGAUUCUCAGAGAGAUACCGUACGGGUUCACAGUGGACUGGUGGAGUCUAGGUGUUCUGGUGUUUGAAAUGCUCAGUGGACAGCCGCCAUUCGAAGCCGACACCGAAGAAGAACUAUUUGAUAGCAUUAUGAACGACGAAGUGUUUUACCCAGCCUGGCUUAACAAAGACAGUGUUUCAAUAUGUAAAGGUUUACUGAUUAAAGAUCCUCUGAAACGACUUUGUAGAGAUUCGAGCAAAGCAGAGAGUCAGGUCAAGUCACAUGCCUUCUUCAAAUCUAUAGACUGGAAUGCUUUAGAGGCUAAACAAAUUCCUCCUCCUUUCCGUCCCAGAGUGCGAGGUUCCCGAGAUUUUGAUAAUUUCGACAGCAUGUUCAUAGCGGAGAAACCUACCCUGAGCCCCACACCCCAAAGCGUUCUCGACACCAUACCCCAGGAAGAGUUCGCCGGCUUCUCCUUCGUUAAUGUUGGAUACAAACCAGAAAGAUAAAAACAAUCGGUUUAAUGACAGUAGAUAAGAUAUCAGGAUGUUAGUCUUAUCGUGGGUUGGAAGAUUAUAGAAUACGUCUCUUUUUUGAUUAAUUGUCUGGGGUUCUGGAGGGUUUCAUGGCUGAAACCAUCCAAAAGCGCUUAAUUUUUGCAUGACCAAUGUUUUCUUCAGUUAUUAUAAAUUAAGAUUUCAUUUAUUGUUCUUUUUUUCGAUGUUGCUAAUUUAAUGUUGCCUUUUAUUUAAAUUUAAGUUAUGUAAUGAUAUUUAAUCAGGUUAUUAUUUAAAGUGAUUUCGUGUUAUAUCUAAUGUUCGAUAUGUAAUUGUUGAGCUGUCAAUGUCAGUUUGAAUUGAGAUUUUAGUACAACAUCUAAAGUCAGACGAACAUGCUUCAUUUUGAAUACAUGAUAUUUAAUGAUGAUCAGCUAAUGUUAAUGAGUUAGAAUAAGUAUGAAAUGCGCUGGUACCACCUAUUUAUGGUGAAAACGAAUAUUGUUCUCUUUUUCGUGGACAUUUACCAUUUAUAUGUCCGCGGUUAAUAUUUAUUACUAUUAGAUUUUAAAAUAUAAAACUGGAAUACUUGACUUAAAAGCUUUUGUUAUCAGUUAUCACAUUCAGAUCUCAAAAAAUGCUGGCAAUUUAAUUUUUAAUUUGAUUGUGCAAAUGCUUUUGCUUAUGCUGUGCAGCAUAAACCAUGAUGAUACUGUCGCUUAAACUGCUGGCAAGAAUACAUUUUUGUUGCAAUUAUGAAUCAGAAAUUCAAUGCUGACGAUAUAAAUAAUAUGGAUUUACAAAAUAUUUGAUUCCAAUACUAAUUCAAUGGUUUACUAAUAUGGUUAUUCAUUUACAUUUAUAUAUCUGAACAU